CCGUCGGCGACUGGGCCCCGGGGGAGCUGGCAGGAGCUUGCGUGGGAGCGGAGCCCCCGAGCCGGGAGGAACCGCAGAUAUGGGCAGCGAGCAGCCCAGACCAACUGGGAAAGGAAAAUUAUUGAAGACGACUGUAAAAUUUUUGCCACAGUUGGCUCAGGUAAGCUCUAAGCCACAGUGGCAGCAAGCUUCUCCUUCAUUUCAUCUGAGAAAAGAGCAGAAAGAUGAUGAGCCAGAUCAGUUUAUUGUCAAAAAUGAGCUUUCACCUGGACAAUAUUUGGAGGAGAGGAAUAAGAGACGCAGGAUACAGGACUCUAUGGUUAAUGAACCAGUUGCUGGAACAUCAACUUCUAAAGCAUGGAGCAGCUAUCAUCCAAAAAAAGAUCGUGAAAAUUUCAGAAGUACUCUUGUUAACAUCAUCAUGCAGCAAGACUUUACUUUGCAACAGCCUGUUUCACUACAUGAAACCCAGUCUCCAAGAACGGGUUCUCCCACGCCCAUAGAGAAAGACAUUUUGCAUGGUGGAUGGCUUUGAGUUUCACCAGUGCUUCCCCUUCAGUCUGACCCAGCUGUCUGUUUUAUCUUGUAGUAGAAAACUACUUCUAAUUAGUUCCAUCCUAACUUGCUUAACUUUUUAAAGAUAAAAUGAAACAAAAAGCUAAUCAGAUCCUACAGAUGGACUAGUAAAACCCAAAUAAAAAGAAGAAAACAUGUGCUGGAUAGAAAAUAUAUAUAAUUUUAAUCUGUGUUUCUGACAGUUAUUUAAAAAUCAUUAGGAAUUUGUUGCAUGUUUUAAAACAAAUUAAUUCAAAAUAUCACUUUAAAAUGUGCUUGUUAUGAUUACAUUUUCUUUUCUCAUGAGAACGUAUUAGGAAAUUAAUCAGAUAGAGGACUCUAAGUUGCAUUUGCAAUUUAGUGAUGCAAUUGUCUGAUUGAUAUGCACAACUGUGGGUUUGUGGGUCCAACAGAUGUAUAUGCUAAUUAUAUGAGAAUAAUGUUGGCACCCACAGUAGAAAAUCUUAAUCUCAAAAAUCAGCUUUAAACCAAAUAAACAAGCAAAUUCAAAGUUAAGGUUUAUAUUCCAUCUCUGACUCCUCUUUCUGUGUCUACACAAUUUUCAGCAUGGUUGUUAUAUAUUGGCAAAGAACUGGUUUACAUGGCAAACUACUGCACAGCAAGUCAGAAUAUGACACUAAAGUGCACCAGCUGUGCUGUAAAGUUCCACGUGAAUGCUGCUACAACACAGUGAAGGUCUCUGAGUGCAAUUUGUUAGGACUUUCAGUAUGUGUGUGUUGUGGCAGUGUCCACAUUACUGACUGGAAAGCUAGUGCUCUGUAGAGGCACUGUUAUCAAUGUUUAAUAUGGAUUAUGACAUGAUAUUUUUGAAUGCAAUUAUACCAUCUUUAUAACUUUUAGAAAUAAUUUUGAUUCACUUAAUAAAUGCAUUAAGAAAUCAGAUAAAAGCUAAAAUUAAACUUAGUUAUAUAUAGUUUAUAAUGUAAAACAACCCUUAGUACCCUUGAAAUGUACUUAUGCUUCCAUCAAAAGCAGCACUAGCAAUGACAUCUUUAUCUUUUUGUUAUAAUGCCAAAUGGAGCCAACUUAUUUAAUGCCUUUAAUGUACAGAAAUACUACUAUUACAUUCAGCAUGGAAUUGAUACAGAACAUGUCGCUCCAAUGGAAGACUCUUGGCUGGAGCAUGUAUUGGAUUUA